AUGUCUGAGGUUUAUUACGACAAUGUGAACAGGGUUCAUUCUCAGGGAAUGGACAGAGUGAGAGAAGAGAUGAAGGUGGAUAUCUAUGAGAGUGCAGAUUCUGUGAGAGAUCAUAACUUCAGGACAGAAACAGACUUAAAUACAAAGACACAACAACCACUUCAGUAUACAGGAAGUGAGUGUGUGAGGAACAGAAGCUCCAGAGCAGCUACAGUGUGUUUGGGGCUGCUGUGUGUUCUUCUGCUGACUGCAGUUAUAGUGCUGUGUGUCCAACUCAAUACAAACAUUCACAAGUGUCACACCAAGAUCAAUAAUCUAAAAUCAGAGAAGCAAAACAUGACAAAUGAAAAGAAAGAGCAAUCAAGUGAACAGUUAGACCAGGACAAAGAAGACCUGUGGAAGCAUCUUCAUCAAAUGGAAGACGGAUGGAUUUAUUAUCAAUUCAAUGUUUACUACAUUUCCUCGGAGGACAAGAGCUGGACCGAAAGCAGAAGAUACUGUACAGAGAGAGGAGCAGAUCUGAUGAUCAUUAACAACAGAGAGGAACAAGAUUUUUUUAGUAAUAUUUCUGGUGAUAAAAAAGUCUGGAUUGGUCUGACUGACAUUGAGAAAGAGGGUGAAUGGAAAUGGGUGAAUGGCAGCACACUGACCUCUGGGCUGUGGAAGGAUAGAGAACCCAAUGGCCAAAGAAAAGAGAACUGUGCUCUAACUCAAUCAUCAUGGUGGCGUGAUUAUCCAUGUAAUAAUGCUUUUAAAUGGAUCUGUGAAAAGAGCAUUAUAAGAUCAAAUACUGUCAUGUAG